AUGAAUAAAACUAUCCAUAGCUUAGAGUUUGGGAAACUUAUAAUAAAUGACAAACAAAGCAAAAACGAUAUUGAAUUGAAAGCCAACCAAAAAGCAAAUGCUGACGAAUCAGCGCUGGGCUUUCGGCUUGUGUUAAUGCCACAGCAGUUUCUUCAUCUUUUAUUAAUGGCCUAUAAUCAAAAUAUAUCUCAUUAUUCUAUUGAUUGGUUGAAUCCAUUACCAAAUGAAGAGUUUUGUAUUCAUAUCGGAGGAGAUCAGCAAUGGUUUAGUACUUAUGAAGAAAAUGAGCAAAGAUGGCCUAUUGAUAAGAAUAAGCACAUGUCAUCACCCGUCGCCUAUUCAACAAAUGACCAUUUUCAUAAUCCGAUCGGAGGUAUUAUUGAGUACUUAUUUCUUGGUUCCCAUGGAUUUGCGAUAUUUAUUGAAAGAUCGGCUCCUCUUUUCAUUAGACGGGAUACUAUUUCUGAAAAUCAAUUGCUUUGCUUUUCUGGAGAUUACAGCAAAUUCCCAUUUGACCAUGCUCCUCAUAAAAACCAAAUUAAAAUUGUAAUUCAUUUGAUGGCUUCAAACGAUACAAAGUCUGUCUAUAGAUAUGCGGCCAAUAAUUGGAUUCAAAAACCAACCGGUAUUCCCGAUGAAAGGAUGUCAACGUGGGCUAAAUAUCACGCCGACAUAACACAGCAAAAAGUACUGGAUUUCGCCCAAGAGAUCAAAUCUCACGGCUUUUCAAACAGUCAAAUAGAAAUCGACGACAAAUGGGAAGCAAAAUACGGAGACUUUUCUUUUGAUACAAAAAAGUUUCCAAAUCCUCGAGAAAUGGUUACAAAACUUAAAGAUAAUGGAUAUCGAGUGACACUUUGGGUCUAUCCCUUCAUUAAUGCCGAUUGCGAUGUAUUUAACAAAGAAAGUCAAUAUUUGAUUAAAACCCAAAAUAACUCCAUAGCUGUGAAGGACUGGUGGAAUGGAAAGGGAGGACACAUCGACUUCACUAAUAAAAAGGCUCAGCAAUGGUUUAUCUCACGCUUACAGCACAUUAGGGACACAACAGGAAUCGAUUCAUUCAAGUUCGACGCGGGAGAGCUCGGAUGGAUUAGUGCAGACUUCAAAUUUAACGAUCCGGUUAUCGAUGAAACGCCCGUCACUUUAACUCAAUUAUAUGCCGAAACUGCCGCUCAAUUGGGAAAUAUGAUUGAAACAAGAGUUGGCUGUAAAACACAACAUUUGCCAAUAUUUGUGCGAAUGUUAGAUAAGCUGUCAAUUUGGGAUUAUAACGGAGGGCUUAAAACAUUGAUACCAACGGCACUUAUGAUGUCAAUCGGCGGCUAUAGCUUUGUGUUGCCGGAUAUGAUCGGUGGUAACGCUUACGGGAAUUUCCCGUCAAAGGAGUUGUAUAUCCGAUGGCUUCAAUUGUAUAUCCGAUGGCUUCAAGUGAACACUUUGAUGCCAACCAUUCAAUUCUCGAUCACUCCCUGGGAUUUCAAAGAAUCGUCACAAGAAGUGAUAGAUAUCAGCAAAUCUAUGCUUAAACUUCACGAACAAUUCACUCCAUUAAUAAUAGAGUUGGCGAAGAAUUCAGUGAAAACGGGUGAACCUAUAAUGAGACCCAUUUGGUGGAUCGCACCCAACGAUCCCAAAGCCUUUCUAAUUGACGACCAAUUCCUCGUCGGUAAUGAUCUACUCGUAGCGCCCGUUACCACAGAUAAGGCCCGCAAACGAGAUAUUUAUUUGCCUUCAGGUGAAUGGAAAGACCAGAGAGGAGUGGUUCACACCGGACCACAAACUCUCACUGAUUUCAAGGCUGACUUAAACGAAUUGCCAUAUUUUGCCAGAAAUAAUUAA